UGCCUGUUCCGGUGUCUCUCGCCUGAUUGAGCCUGGCGCUCGGACACCGCGCCUCACAAGUCAGCCUGACCCGCUGUCCCUCGUCCUCGGUACGGAAGAUUGCCUCUCAGAACCGUGACCAUCAUGGAUUUUACAACCUGACCACUCUGGAUGUUCACCAUGAACAGUAGUUAGCCACUUUGCCCUCACGCGUCGUCCCUUUUUCCUUAAUGAGGAGCGACCGCUCUGGGAUCAGGAUCAGGAUCAGGACUGUGGAGGGACGCGGUCUCCGCGGAGCUGCUGCUGCUGCUGAGGUGUUUUUGGGGGGAUUUGCCCAUUGGAAAGCUAAGCUAGCUGACUAGCUAGCUAACAUUGUGCUAGUCCUUGCCUGCAUUAGCUGGCUCACUUCCACCGCACACCACAAUAGUUGGAUAGCUAAACCAACGUAGCCAGCCAACUACACAAGCUUAUGACACUGCUGUUCCGUUCUUCACCUUUAUUUUCCACUCCACCGCUAUCGGUUUCGUGCGAGGGCGCGUUUAUUUGUUAGUACCCGUCAUUGUCUUGUGUAUUUUCCGCAGCGAGUGUCAAAUUAGCUGGUUAGCUAAUCCCGGUCGGCCUGACAUACUUGAUUUUUGCCAUUGAGGUGCCAGAAAAGCUUCACAACAGCUUGAUUUUGCCUCACAGUCAAGUCUUUUUAGCCAUUUUUGAGAAUGGGUGCUGUAGUCAUUUUUCUCUAAGCACGUUAUCGUUAUUGUGCUUUCAGGCAUACUGAAGUUACUCAGCCUGAUACUGAGCAAAAUCCACUCGCCCUGCCACAAAACCUGUACAAUUAGCUUAAUAACGUUAGUCGCUGGAUUUCAUUCAGGGAAACCGAGCCGUUUUUUAAAGAACGGGCAAUUACUUGGCUGUGCUAAUCUAGCCAUCAGCUGAACUUUUGAUUUUUAUCCUCCUUCACUGUUGACAUGGACUAAUGUGGGAUUCAACUUGUUGAUCUCUGUCUGCGUGGCUGGCUUUGCUGGCGAGCUAGCAUUUAGCUAACAGCUCAUUGGGAUCCCAAUCCUCUCUUCUUCCUUGACCAGCAGCCGGGAACAACGAACAAAAUCUCUCUGAGCCUCAGUGCUAAAUGUGUGUCUGACUCUAGAAAAAACUCUUUCCCUCGGAUCCGUUUCUGAGAAUCCCUGACCAAAAAUGUCUACCCGGACUCAAGGAUUAAGUGUCAUAGAAAAUUCCUCUGGCCAGACCUCAUUGGACUCAAAAGCAGGCGGGCGACCCAGCAUGCCGCGCUGCCGAAACCCAGUUGCUACAACAGCGGACGAGCAGCCACACAUCGGCAACUACCGUCUGCUGAAGACCAUCGGCAAGGGCAACUUUGCUAAAGUUAAACUGGCCAGACAUGUCCUAACGGGGAAGGAGGUUGCUGUAAAAAUCAUAGACAAGACACAGCUCAACUCUUCUAGUCUUCAAAAAUUGUUCCGAGAAGUGCGAAUCAUGAAGCUUUUAAAUCAUCCAAACAUAGUGAAGUUAUUUGAGGUGAUCGAGACGGAGAAGACGCUGUAUUUGGUUAUGGAGUACGCCAGUGGAGGAGAGGUUUUUGAUUACCUCGUCGCUCAUGGGAGGAUGAAAGAAAAGGAGGCACGUGCCAAAUUUAGACAGAUUGUGUCUGCAGUGCAGUACUGCCACCAGAAGUGCAUUGUACACAGGGACCUGAAGGCUGAGAACCUUUUGCUGGAUGCAGAUAUGAACAUUAAGAUUGCAGACUUUGGCUUCAGUAACGAGUUCACGGUGGGGAAUAAGCUGGACACGUUCUGCGGCAGCCCCCCGUAUGCCGCCCCAGAACUCUUCCAGGGCAAGAAGUACGACGGACCAGAGGUGGACGUCUGGAGCUUGGGUGUCAUCCUCUACACGCUGGUCAGCGGGUCACUGCCCUUUGAUGGGCAGAACUUGAAAGAGCUUAGAGAGCGUGUGUUGAGGGGAAAGUAUAGGAUUCCCUUCUACAUGUCUACAGACUGUGAAAACCUGCUGAAGAAAUUCCUCAUCCUCAACCCCACCAAAAGAGGCAGUCUGGAGCAGCAGAUCAUGAAGGACCACUGGAUGAAUGUGGGUCAUGAGGAAGAUGAACUGAAGCCCUACAUUGAGCCCCAGCCCGACUACAAGGAUCCCAAGAGAACAGAUAUAAUGCUCCAGAUGGGUUACUCACAAGAGGAGAUCCAGGACUCACUCGUCAACCAAAAAUAUGAUGACAUCAUGGCAACUUACCUCCUGCUUGAUUAUAGGAACUCUGAGCUUGAUGAGGGUGUCAACAUGUUGAUAAAACCACGUCCAGGAAGCGACCUCACAAACAGUAAUGCCCCAUCUCCGCCUCACAAGGUACAACGCAGUGUUUCCUCCUCUCAGAAACCACGGCGAGCCACAGAUCAGGGUUCAUACUCUAAAAGGCCUCAGGGGGAUAACAAGCACACCGCUGAGGAUUCUGGAAGGAAAGGGUCCAGCAGCUCCACCAAAGUGCCACCCAGCCCUAUCGUCCCUGGAGACCGCAAAAAGAGCUCCACACCCUCUACUAACAGUAUCCUUUCCACGGGCACAAGCCGCAGCAGGAACUCUCCACUUACUGAGAGAGCCACACUGGGAGUCCAGAACGGCAAGGACAGCCUGAACACUCCCGGGUCCCGCGCCUCCACAGCCUCAGCCGCCGCCGUGCUCUCCUCCUCAUCCUCUUCUUCACGCUCCCGCCAUCACAAGUCCCUGUCCUCCUCAGCCCACCCCUGCCCCGCUGACCUGCACACACACCAGCCCAGUGCCCCCUCUCAGAGAGCACCUGGUGCCUCCCCAUCGGCCCACAACAUCAGCAGCGCCGCAGGCACGGACCGUACCAACUUCCCCCGAGGGGUGGCCACCCGCAACACUUUCCACAUCGGUCAGCAGAGAGGGGCCCGGGACCAGCAGGGCUCACCCUACCAUGCCCCGCCAGCUUCCCCCUCGCUGUCCCACGGCAACAGCCAGCAGAGGCGGCCCGCAACCUCCGGCAUCUUCAGCAAGUUUACCUCCAAGUUCGUUCGCAGGAACCCAUAUGAGGGAGAGGGUCGGGAAGAGGGGAGCAGAUCCAUGCUGAGCAGCGCUGAGAAGUCUGAGAAGACAGGUGUAGGGGGCGGGACUCUGGGCUCAGGGGGCGGAGACGAAACCAAGGACUCUCUCUCGUCCUCCUCUCCCAGAGGCGGGACUCCACCCCCUCCUGCGUCGGCGAAGGACAACGCCAAGCCACGCUCCCUUCGCUUCACCUGGAGCAUGAAGACCACGUCAUCCAUGGAGCCCGGCGAGAUGAUGAAGGAGAUCCGGAAGGUUCUGGAUGCCAACAGCUGUGAGUACGAGGUGCGCGAGCGCUACAUGCUGCUGUGCAUGGCUGGCAACCCAGCCAGAGACGACUUCGUCCAGUGGGAGAUGGAGGUGUGCAAGCUGCCCCGGCUGUCGCUCAAUGGCGUGCGCUUCAAGAGGAUCUCUGGCACCUCCAUCGCCUUCAAAAACAUCGCCUCCAAAAUUGCCAAUGAGCUCAAACUGUGAGAGGGCGGAGAAAGGGGUACUUUGAAAACAGAUAGAGGGAGGGGUGCUGAUUUCACCUAGAGUUGUAAAACCUUUGAAGGCAGGGGUGAGUGGGGAACACAGUCUUGGCUCAAACACAAGUCAUGUGAGGGCGUAUGGAGAGAUCUUAAGGACCUGUCACAUUACGGUUUAAGAAACACCGGUGUUGAAUGAGCUACACAUGGCUAAUGCCACACAUUUGGCAUGGGAUCAAGAGCGAGAGGUAGGAGAGGUAAAGCUGAAGUGCUGUAUAUGUUGAUUUCGGUUUCAGGAUCACUAGCCUUUACACAUUUUUUCAGUUCAGAAGGGGGUGUUAAAAGAGAAACAUGGUUGUUCUGCUGUUGUCCACUCUGAGAGGAAACUUGGUUGGGAACUCUUUUUGAGCUUUGUGAGCUCAUGUUGGUCUUCAGCUCAUCACGAGAACAUACCCAACGAGGAGCGGGACAAACUUUAUGACCAUUUAGGACAUUUCCUCUUUUGCUGGGUGGACUGAGGCCACCCCCUUGCACACAAACACACACUCACUCAAUGUUUCUUCCUUUUGUUCUAUUUACAGGGUUUAGCCCCACGAGUACCCAAUAGAGGGCCAACACUUGAAUAAUGCUCAAUGGAUUGUGUCUUACAGUUAGGGUUAACUUAGUUCUUCAUUGGCUGGGUUGUGACUUGCUGCACUGGAAUGGGUGUAUUUGCGUUGCCUUUAUUUUCCUUUCUGAAGAGAAAUGUAUUUCAAUGUUGUAUUGCCAGUGAUUUAUGGUUUAAUGUUAUUCUUAGGAGAGAUUCUUUUUUGUGUUUUUAAAUAUUCUCAUGCCUUGGUAUAGUGAAUGUCACGGAUGAACACCAAACUCCAACAGAUCCAGCUUCCCCUUCUUUCUCCAUCACCUCCCAAAAGAAAGACAACCAUCUACAUAGUACACUUGUACUAGUUUGAAAAAAAAAUAUAUCAUUGAACACGAGGACUACUGCUUCAAGAACAGCUCUGUCGUUUCGUCGAGCGUGGAACUGAUGUCAAAUUGUCUAUUUGGUCUUGAUCUGCACCAUCCUCCUUUCGAAACCAAGCACUCCAUGCCUAAAACCAUGCGAUGGUUUGGCAGCAAAAGAAAUGAGCCCAAAUGUCACUCUGAGCGUUAUCCUUUUAAUGAUUUGUUCAACUUCCGUUGAUGUGCAUUUGUCUAAAUGAGAGUGAAUCACAUGCGUGUAUGGUAAGAGAAUGAGUGAGGUGUACGUUCAACCAAAAGGUUGCUUUGGACGUUCUGUCUUGACCUUCAUACAAAGAUUGUAUUGAUAAGUAGCGGCAAGACCGGAGUACCAAGCAUCAUGAGCAGAUGGCCUUACUACUGCUCACUUUAAACGAGUUCUUGUUUUCCAAUGGUUUUUAUUUGUUAUUUUUGUUUAUGAUUAUUUUCAUUUUUGCUGAAAAAAAAAUAAAGUCAGGCAUUAGUACAGACAAGAUGAGAACAGGUGUGUCUGUAUAUGUGUGAGAGAGAGUGAUUAGAGUGUAAAUGGACAGUGCUAAAAAGAGUGUAUGUUUGUCCACUGAGCUGUACAUUUUUUUGCAUGCGUCCUCUAACUGGCAGGGGUACACACUCCAUUACUAUUGAACGAGUGGGGGGUAAAUGGAGUCUCUUCCAAGUCUAUCAGCGGUUUGGGGACACCUGUGCACGUCUGUAUUUUAUAUCUUUUUGGAAAAUAAUGAUUUUUUUUUGUCAUUAUUUGCAGUUCUAUGAAAUGAUCAUUGUCUAAGGUGCUGGGGAUCCAAUUGUCAUUGUUAUCUAUUAUUUUUCUUCAGGGUUGAUUUUUAUUUCAUAUAAUUUUUCAUUGCUGUAAUUUUACUAUUUUCCUCUGUCAGAACUCAGAGUAGUCAGGGAGUGAGAGGAGGGAUUGAGAACUUCAAAUGUAUAUUUUUUGUUGUUUUCUUUUUUGUGCAAAGAGAUGACUAUGAUCAAUGAUAGUAAUAAAACACAAAUGAUAUUAAAAAAAUGAGAUGGUUGCGUAGGAAUUGACGCAACAAGGAACAA